AUGGCCCUCGAGAAAGAAUCAUUGUCCUCUACUCCUCCUGCCACUCAAAACGAGACGACCAAUACUUCUUCUCCUGCUCCCAAUCACCACAUUCACCUUCUUCAACCUCAGGAAAACUACCGACACACCACGGUGGAAGGCCAGCCAGCUUAUGCGGAACAUGGGGCUCUUGUCGACCACAAGGUUCCACAAGAAGACGUCAUUCAAUCCGAGCCAGAUCUCCUCUGGAGUCGGAUUCGUCAUUACUGCCGAGAACCGUUUUCAGAAUUCUUUGGCGUAUUCAUCCUGAUCUUGUUCGGCGACGGUGUCGUGGCUCAGGUUGUUCUUAGUAGUGGUACCAAAGGUGAUUAUCAGUCGAUCUCAUGGGGCUGGGGACUGGGUGUCAUGUUAGGUGUUUAUGCUGGAGGCAUAUCUGGAGGUCACAUAAACCCGGCGGUCACGUUUGCCAAUUGCGUGUUUCGAAAAUUCCCUUGGCGAAAGUUUCCCAUUUACAUGGUAGCUCAAGUUCUCGGGGCCAUGUGCGCAUCUGGCGUCGUCUAUGCGAACUAUAAAUCGGCUAUUGACGUCUUCGAGGGUGGUGCCAAUAUUCGGACCGUCCCGGGAUACUCGGAGACCGCUACGGCCGGCAUUUUCUGCACGUAUCCCGCGCCGUUCAUGACGAAGACCGGGCAAUUCUUUUCCGAAUUUAUCGCUUCUGCCAUUCUCAUGUUCAUGAUCUACGCCCUUAAAGAUGACGGCAACAUCGGAGCGGGACCUCUAACACCAUUGGGCCUGUUCUUCGUCAUCUUUGGAAUUGGUGCUUGCUUUGGUUGGGAAACUGGCUAUGCGAUUAAUCUGGCUCGUGAUUUCGGACCCAGAUUGAUGUCGUACAUGAUAGGGUACGGCCCGCACGUGUGGACUGCUGGUGAUUAUUACUUCUGGGUACCCAUGGUUUCACCAUUUCUCGGAUGCACGUUCGGCGGUUGGCUGUACGACAUGUUCCUCUUUACUGGCGAAUCGCCCAUCAAUACGGAAUGCGUAGGAUUGGCAAGAUUCCUCCACUUGGAUCGAAAGACAUGGUCCAACACAUAUGAGCCCAAGGAAUCGUCCCCGGUUUAA